AUGGCGCAUAAUCCGAGCCAUCUCAUGCCCACAGAGCUGAUCGACCGGUGCAUAGGGUCGAAGAUCUGGGUGAUCAUGAAGGGCGAUAAGGAGCUCGUGGGCACGCUGAGGGGCUUCGACGUGUUUGUCAACAUGGUGCUGGAAGACGUCACUGAGUACGAGCACACUCCAGAGGGCAGCAGAGUAACCAAGCUGGACCAAAUACUGCUCAACGGAAACAACAUCGCCAUUCUGGUCCCUGGUGGAAGUCCAGAAGGGUCGUAA